AACAGAAAGGGCAAAGAAACAGCUGAUUUAAGUUUCCAUAUUUAGAUCUUGUGCCAUAUCCUUUUGUUUUUGAAGGUUGAGUGAAUGAUCAGAAUCAUAAGGGUUUCCAGAAAUCACUGGAUUCUCCGUGGUUUAAUGCGAAACACAGAUCCUGAAGUCUGACGGGUGGUAUGAGAGAGGAAGAAGAUCAAUGUUUAACCAAUCACAGUUGGUGGAUGGGAAGCUGCCGGUGUUUGUGUUUCCAUCUUCUCUGACAUUUUAUUCAGAUGACCAGUCCACACACAAGCAGGUCCUUACUCUGUACAAUCCAUACGACUUUCCACUCAGAUUUAAAGUACUAUGUACCACUCCAAGAAAAUACACAGUGGUGGAGGCCGAGGGCACAAUCAAGGAGAAAUGUUGUUGUGAUAUUGUGAUACGACAUAUAGAUAUAUGUAUCAACAAUGAAGGUAUCAAGGAUAAGUUCAGGAUUCAGGUUGUAGAACAUGGACAGAAAAAAAUACUUGGAAGAAAGGAGGUGAUAUCAGUCCUGUUACCAAAAAAGGAAAGUUCACCUCCAAGUUUAGAAGAUACCUUUAUGUCAAUGCCUGUACCAGGACGAGGAAAGGACACCAUCCAGCCUCCGAGCUCCUCUCGUCAAGGGCCUGUAGGAAAUGUACGAGGUGGAGGUCCCAGUCUCAUCAUCCUUCUGGCUGCAGUAUCCUGUAUCCUGGCUCUAAUGAUGCCUACUCAGGGUAUGGACAGUGAAACAAGCCUCCCAGAAUAUCUCCACCUGUCUAUUCAUCAGAAGCUUAUAGCAGCUUAUAUACUAGGUUUGGUCACUAUGGUGGUCCUACAAUCAUGAUUAUCACCCUAACGACCUGAGGAGGGUACCAUCAACCUUUGUUUUAUCCUUUUUUUCACAGCUUUAGCAUCAAAUGUAUGAAAAACCUUCAAAAUGUGAAUGUCAACUACACAAAUUUUUGUAUAGGAAUGAUCAUAGAGGACGAUUGAGGAUGUUGACGAGUACCAGUAGGGUAAAUCUGAUACAAUUGUAAACAUUACUACACUUUCUCUACAACUAUCUGAUAUAGAAAACAAGAGAUUUCCUUUCUAUUCCCUAAUACCAAAAUUGCAAAUUUCUCCUUUUCAACUUUCAGGACAAGCAGAUUUGAUAAAUCUGGGCUAGUGAAAGUACAUCAUCAGUACUUAAUUUCAAAUACGUUUAAUUACCUGCAGGCCUUAGCUGUUAAGAUACUCAUUAUAAGAAAAUAUACAAUGCUGUUGACCUUUGAACCUCAUGAACCAUUCACAAUUUCCAUUGGUAUAGCUAAACUUUGUCUAGGUAUUUAUAGUUUUUACUCGAGAAUGAAUAUUUAAUUUUUUGUUCUGGAUGUAAAGAUGAUAAGUAUAAUUUGAUAAAGAUUUCAGGCUCAAGUAGAUAAGUAGAUACCAAAUGUGAUAUAAAAACAUGAAAUUCCUUGAUAAAGUUAGUCUAGAAGGAGAUAGCCGGAUCUUUUUAUAUAACUCUCUGAGGAUUUCAGUUUGGAAAAAGAAUUUUCUCAGCAAUAUUGAAAAUAAUAUGUCGAUUGCUUUGAUGUUAUAGAACACAUUUAUGUAUUAGAUUUGAAUAGUAAUUGAUAAUCAUCAAUAUAAAAAAAAAACCAAAAUAAAGUAGAAAAGUGGUAGAUUCCAGGGUCAGUAAUGUAGAUAGAACAGGACAAACACUGUGGUGGAGUGCCAGAAAAAAAAAUGUAGGAAAAUAAUCUUAAUUAAGAAUUAUGCAAGUAUAGGAACUGGAAGGGAGGGCAUGGUACAUAGGAACAAGAUUUGGUAACAAGGGACAUAUUUGGUCAGCCAUCUGUCUGAUCAUAUUCAGCUUUACCACCCACAGUCCCAUUAUAACUAACUAUAAUUGAUCAAGUUCCACUAAAACUCUUGUCAAGAUUGUUCACACUGUACACAUAAAGAGAAAAAAAAGUAUCAAUAGAUUUGAACUUUCCGGAUUAUUUGUAAAUAAUGACUUUGCCAUAUUGUUACAACUGUAAUCGUAUGUGUAUGUUCUUUUUUAUGUAAAAAUAUUCCGGUGAUAAAUCCCCCAUUUUGCUACCGGGAGCAGACUGCUUGAUUCUUGUGAGUUUUCAUAUACCAGUAUUUUGUCAUAUAUCAUAAACAAUUCAUGUUGUCCGGCAUUUCCUCUUAUCACAUACUUUAUACAGAAGCCAAGAAGGACCGAUUAGUCAAGUUAGAUAUUCAGUAUAAAAUUGAUUGAAUUUUGAAUUUGACCUUCAUGAAUGUUAUAUUUUCAGUUAUAAUCCCCUAGAAGAUAAAAUGAGUCUAUUUAUAGUAUAACAAGAGCUGACUAACUCUACGUAGCAUCUUGACUAUGGCUAUUUUUAGAUUGGACAACAUUUUUAUUUUAUCACACAUAUCUUGCAGAUUUACAUUUCAUUACAAAAAAAUGAAUAAAAAGAAAAUCAAAAACAGUUUUUUCUUCAAAAUGUUAACAACAACACCAAGAUUUACUGAAAUGUUAACAACAACACCAAGAUUUAUUGAAAUGUUAACAACAACACCAAGAUUUACUGAAAUGUUAACAACACCAAGAUUUAUUGAAAUGUUAACAAAAACACCAAGAUUUAUUGAAAUGUUAACAAAUACACACAAGAUUUACUGAAAUGUUAACAAAUACACCAAGAUUUACUGAAAUGUUAACAACAACACCAAGAUUUAUUGAAAUGUUAACAACAACA